GCGGACGGUCGAUGUAAAAGCCCAGAUUCAGAUAAAGACGAUUCCCGAGGUACCGAAAAUGCGUUCAGAUCGAUGGUAACGAAGCGAAGGCGGGAACGAUGGGAGCCGACGUUAAUGCUAAUUUGUAUCUAGGUGAAACGAAAUACGGUUCGAUGCCGUCGUCGUGCGUAGCCAAAGAGGAGCGAUCGUCGCCGAACGAAGACGUCAAGGAUCCGUUGUUGAACGGAGCCGCCGACGUGGUCAGCGCGGUAGAAAAUCUGGACGUACAGCUGAAGUCGGUUUUGGUGCCGGUGAGGGACCCGGUGACGAAAAAGAUCAAGCACAAGCUGGUGCCUGUCGAGAGCAAAGACGAGACGGGCUUGAACAUAAUCAAAAGCGUGCUGAUCCCGUGCAAGGACGUGUACGGUAGCGAGUGCUACGAGGUCAGGCAGGUUUUCGUGCCGAUCAGACCGGAGCCGACACUGAUGCGGAAUUCGUCGCGCAAGAUCAGGAGCAAACAACAGGGUAAGGCCGGCGAGAACAGGACCAAGAGGCCGGCGAACCAGGAAGACGUGAUGCUGGACGUCCGGAACAUGUGUCGGAUCUGCCAGAUCGUCUACGACACGCAGCAAUCGUUGGACACGCACGUGCGCAGGGUUCACGAGAAGCCGUACCGUUGCCUCCACUGUCACGACGCCUUCAUGUCGAAGAGAGCGUACAAGGAGCACACGAAGACGCACAAGACCAAGACGCCCGUUGGCUGUCCGUUCUGCCAGCAGAGGUUCAAGCGGAUGUUCGGGCUCAGGCAGCAUCAGAUCCGCGUGCACAGCACCAUAGAGCCGAAGUUCGUCUGCGAUCACUGCGGCAAACGUUUCAAGCUGAAGAGCGACAUGUCCCUUCACAUCGACAAGAGUCACAUGAAGAAUCCUGUCCGCGUGUACAAGUUCUCUUGCCAACUUUGCGCCAAUAAGUUCCGGUUCCGCAACGAAUUCGAGAACCAUCUGCGGACGCACAAGAAGAAGGUCUUCGAAUGCGACAAGUGCAAGCGCGUGUUCUCCAAGGCCUGCAGUCUGGCGCUGCACAAGUACGCGAAACACAAGCCCGCCAUGUGCUGCACCAUCUGCGAGAAGAGUUACAAAUAUAGAAACAGCUUCUAUCGGCACGUGCUCACGCAUGCCGGCAUGGGACCUUAUCAUUGCGACGUCUGCAACACGGACUUCGAGAAGAGGACCUGCUUCAUCAACCACAGGAAGACCCAUCCGACGCCGCGACACGGUCGUUCGGCUUCCAUAAUCGCCGAGAUGGUUCAAAGAAUUUUACAGAACAAUUAGUGAGAGUGCACGUGUCGUUUGGGAAUACUCGUUAGAUGUUCAAUGCGUCGUUGAGUCCUCUCUCUCUCUCUUUAUGGGAUCUGUGUUUAGAAGAGAAAAUGUGUUACAAUGAUAAGCUGUAUUUUAAGAAUAAGUAAUACGUAAUAAGUCGCAAAAUACGCGAUCCAUGUUCACUCGUUUGUAUAUAAUAUCGAUUCUUUUGUAGACCAAAUUUCUUUGUGCAUAUGUUUUUCUUUUUUUUUUAUAUAUAGUUUUUGUUAUGUAAAGCAAAACUGUACCUGUGUAUAGCACACUGCGACUGUUUCUGUACAAUUAAGUAAAAUCGAAAGAGUUAUAUUUUUCAUUAAAUAGGUCUAGAACGACCGAGAUAUGUACUUGUUAAUCCUAUAUCUUAUACGAAAGAGUAAUUUUCCAUGAGAAUGUCAUUUGCGGCGAAUUUGAUCUGCAAAAGGGUGAUGCUCGAGAACAAACUGUGUGUGUACAUAGUGAGAGAGAUAUUCGAGCUGUUUGAUCAUUUCGAAAAUCGAUUUAGACGAAUGAAUGUAUUGGCUUGAGUUCGUUAUCCAAGAAUCGGAAUUUUUUUUUACGAUAAUACAGUAAACCAUUCGCAUAGGUUUAAGUGUCCGCCAAGGAUAACUGUCUGUUGUGCUACGAUUAUACAUACUAGGCUGUUAGAAUAGUUGUGUAAAUUUUUUCUUCAGCUAAUACGAUAUUUUAUCUUUUAUCAUUUCGCUGUUCUGUUAUCGAUACUUAAAUUGAUAAUAAUAAUAAUAAUAAUAAUAAUAAUUUUUUAUCUAUUUCAAAAUUAUGAAGAGCAAAGAAUUUAUAAAAGAAGGUGAAGAGAACGGAAGAGAUUCUUCUUCAAAUUGCAGUUUGCAUGGCGAAUGCGUGCGUGUCGGUUAUAAAAAAGGAGAGUACAAGACUUCCGGAUUUAUUAUCGUAUAAAGAUCAUAACUUCGAUUUACUUCCAAAUGUUUUUUGGGCUCUUCAAUUAAUGGAAAUAUCGAUUUUUGGUUCGUAAAUUAACAUUCAUUAGUUCUCAUGUAUCAUAUGUAUUGAUAUUUCUAUUGUUAAGUAUUCAGCUGUAAUUCUCGCGAGAUCAUUGUUGAACUACAUUAAAUAAUGUACUAUACAAGAAGAA